CUAACUUUCACCAGUGAACUUACUCCUUACUCUUUUUGAAGAGGCUUUUACCAAUUGAACGAAAUACUUGUCACAACUAUAUGGAAUUCAUUUCUGUUUCAUAUGUUUUGUGACAAAAUAGUGUGCUGUCUUCAGUGUCCUGUUGCCAUGGUUAUAUUGUUGUUAACCAAUCAGCGCUCCUUGCAGACGUCGUGUCGAAAGCAAUAAAAAUGGAUGAACUGGAGGCUGAAAGUAAACCAGGAAAAUAUCCGAAUUUAGAUGAUAUUAUCGUGGAAGAAGAUGGACCAACAUUACUGCUGCCAUGUAUUGUUUGCAACAAGACUUUUAAACCAGAAGUACUGCAGAGGCAUUCCAAAGUGUGCGAGAAGAAUACUCACAAGAGACGCAAAACAUUUGAUUCAUUUAAGCAAAGGGUACAAGGCACUGAUCUGGCAGAAUUCUUGCCAUAUUCCACUCUUCAAAAGAGGCCAUCAGUCAGUGAAAAGACCACAAGUCCCCUAAAAGCCUCCAGCCAUUGGAAAGAAAAUCAUGAAGCCUUUGUAAAUGCAAUCAGAGCUGCUCGAGGUGAAGGCCCCGACGCUGCAGGGGGUAGUGGUGAUUCUCGCUCUGUACUUCGCCCGCCAGAUCAUGAGCAAUGCCCUUACUGCGAGAGACACUUUGGUAAGAAGGCAUUUGACCGUCAUCAAGAAUGGUGUAGAGAGCAGCAUUCAAGACACCCUCCAAUCAUUGCAAGCUCACAAGCCAAGGAACGUUUGGAAGCCCGUAUCAAGUACCGAGCUCCCCCUAUCAAGUCCAAAAGAGCUAUAACUAGAGAGAAGUAUUCACCACUGGUGCAGCGCAAAGCACGAAAUCCUAGCCCUAGCAACGCCUCGAAUUACAGCUACAGCACUGCAGGAAGUGCAACUUCCAGUGCUGGUAGCACCAGGCAUUCUCCUCAAUCUCAACAGGAGCAAUCUAAUCGCUUGAGUAGAAGUGGAAAUUCUCUCUCUGGACGGUCUCAAGUUAAAGAUACAGCAAGCACUGCAAGCACACUUGGAUUUAAUCGUGGCAACGCUGGUAGAUCAAGUUUACGAACAUCUCAAAGAUCUUCAAAUAGACCUACUUCACCUACUAAGCGUCUACCUGGAGGGACUAAAUUGCCUGCUUCACCUUCCCAGAGGCCAUCCCCCGAUGAGUCUAGGGUUGGAAGCACUAACAGAGAGGACAUGACAGUAACUUCAACCAGUUUGAAAAAGUUACAAUCAAGAAACCAAUUGACCAAACAGCACGAUGCUCGAGUAUCGGAGACACCAAUUGCUAAACCACUGAAAAAGCACAAUCAGCCUUCUCCUCCUGCACUUAAUUUGCAAACUCUUCAAAUCGAAGUACAACCCAAAGAGGCCAAAGAAAAUGUCCACCACAGCAAGACUAAAAAUGAGCAUCUCUGGCGGACUCUAUUAGGUGGACACAUUCUUCCCAAUAUGUACAGCCUCAAAUUGAGUGUAGGUGGUAAAAGGAUUGGAAGCCAACAAGAGGAGCCCUAUGACCCCUAUGCCUCAGCUGAACGCCAGAUGAUGGAGCUGUUACGCAGUGACAGUGCUUGUAACAUUAACCAGAAGCUGAAAUCGCCUUCCCCUGCCCCAUCUCUCUCUCCUAUGCCAUCCCCCACUCUCUCUCCUAAACCAUCUUCCCUGGAAACCUCUCCAACAUCUGCCUUCACUCGUUAUGCUAAAGAAUUAGAGGCUGAAAACCAAAGUCCAGUGAACAGCUCUGUCAAUGCACCAGAGACGGAAACUGUAGAAAAGUCUUGUGAUGGAAGCAAAGUUGUGCUUUCCAAAAAGGAAGCUAAAUCAGCCAGUGAAAUGACUGAGAAAGCAAAACCGUUUGAGUCACCGCGGCUACAACAGGUAGCGCAACCUAAUGUGAAGAGUCCCAAAGGCUUGGGCCAGGCUGGCCAGGUGCCUCAUCCUGCUCCGCAACCUCCUCCUAGAUUGAACAAAAGGUCAAGUUCCUUACCACAAUCCAAUAACUAUGAUGACCUAAUUGUUUCCGGAAUUGGCACCACACGCCCUCAGUUACAGUCAGGCCCUUUGUUAGAUUUUGCUGCAGAGGAUUUUAACAGCACCAAAAGUCAUGAUUUAAAUGAGCGACCUAAAACGUAUGAUAUUGAUAAAAAGUCUGCAAAAGACAGUCUUGAAACUAGUGGCUGGUUGAAUGCCUGUGAGCAACUUGAAUCUGUAGGAAAUGAUUUUCCUCCUGCUGCUGAAUCUUCUCAUGGGGUAAAAGUAGAAAUUUUGAAUCUUGAUAAUAAAGAUGACAGGAAAGCUAGGCAUGAAACAAGGGAGAGCCGUGAAAUAAGGGAAAUUACAGAGAAAGAAUCAGAUACAUCUGAAAUAGAUAAUUUACUGGAAGAGGUUGUCAGGAUGCAACAUUCUGUUUCCAUGCUUUCUGAUGCAGAUCCUGUUAAUGUUAGGGAUUCUCCCAGUUUAUCAACAAAUCCGUCAUCAGCGCGAAGUCGGCGAAAUCGAGCGGGAAAGAUGCACAUAGAAGACUUUCUGUUCCCUGCAGAGCUUCUUGAAAGGGAAAACAACAAUUUUAGAACUUCGAUGGACUCUUCAGCACGGUCAAAUUCUGUGUUUGGAUCAACCAAAUCUAGGAAGUCCUCUGCUAAAGGCCGCAGAUUAAUAGAAGAAAUGCUUUUUCCUCCUGGCAUUGACUUUAAUGCAAAUUCUGAUAGUAAUGAAGAUGGUGAUGUCGUAGUGUCGGCUAAUGCUUUAACUGUUUCGUACCCUGAAGAAUUCAUGUCAAAGAUGGACGCAUUCAUGUCUCAGUACCCUACUUCUCCUGUAUCACUUACCUCUAAAGCUCCCAAUAGUUCUGAUCAUAACGAUGGCCUACCCCGUCCCAAACCCAUGUCCCUUUCUACCCACAGCUCCACCAGAAAUGGUUGUAAUGAAGGAAUUGAAAUCGAUGCCUCCUCUACUCCUAUGAGUCCAAUGCAGGCCACAAACCAAAGUCGACAGUCAAAUAGCAGCCGAUUGAGUGCAGAUAGUGCCUACAGCAGUUUGAACCGCAGGUCACCUGUGCCUCAGGCCAGACGACAAUUCCCAGUAGGAAUGCAGGAUGUUCGACAUGGUGCUGAGAGCCCCCAAUCUAUGCUCUCUCAGUCACUGACGCAGUCUCUUGUUCUGAGCUCUAGUGGUUCGGAAUCCUCGCUCCCACCACUGUCUAACCAUCUCUCAAAGCGAGGAGUUAGGAGUAAGGACUGCGACACUCCCUCAUCUGAUAUUGUAAGUGCAACCACUCCACUCCUUCCAAAACUAUCCAAGUUUUGCCACCAAUGUGGCACCAAAUUUCUUGUAUCUCUUGCAAAAUUUUGUCAUGAGUGUGGAGCAGCUCGCCUCGAGAUUUGUUGAUCCCUUUGUAUUUGUGAAUCAAUGGUUUUUGAAAAGUAUUGUCAUUUUAAAAACAUGUUUUAUCACACUUUUAUGCAGUAUUUUUUUAAUCAGUAUAAUUUAAAUUACUGUUGAAAAGUCUGUAAAACUACCAAGGUUUUGAUUAUAAAAUUUUGACUAAGAUCUUACAAGAUUGAUGGUUUAGAUGUAGAUUCCAAGGUCACAAAUAAACUAGAAGUACUAAUUUUAGCUAACAAUUCAUAAAAUUUGUGUGGAAUCAUGGAGGAUCCUUUGAUUGUCUAAAAGCCUUUGCAUUUAUUAUUGUACUAAAUUUAAUUGAAACUUGUGGGCCAGAUUUUGCCUAGAAUUAUUGCAAUUGUCAUAGUAUGUCAUUCCAGCUUCACAUUGCGACAGCUUUGAUGAACUCUUGCUGUCAUCUUUCUUGCCCAUAUUCAUUUACUUUUGUUUGAUGACACAGUGAUAAUUGUCUUUAUUUGAUAACUUUUGUCUUUACCAAUUGGACCUUACUUUUUAAAAUUAGUAUUUAAUGCAGUAUUAGUGACAAGUCCAAUCAACCCAUUCCCUCCUUGAGAUUUACUGGUACCCAUACUUCCAGUUGUUCUUGAGCAGUGUGUUAUAUUUCUAACCAUGCUCUGAAGAAACUUUUUUAUAUGAUAAUGUUAAGAGUUAUUGGAGUUUUUGUUAAAAUAUUUUCUACUCAAACAUUUCAAUUUUGAUUUACUAAAUAAUAAGUUUAACAUGUACCAACAUUAAUGAUGAAUCUAAUUAUUCUGUGUCUUACUCACCCAUGUUAGAUUUUAAGGUUUUUGUUUUGUUUUUCUCCCCUCUUUUCUUAACUGUUGUUAAUACAUCAGUCAUUAAUGACUUACCAGUAGUUGUGUUUUUCAAUUGAAACAAGUUUUCAUGCAGGGACCAAAUGAAAAGGCCAGUGCAAUACUUAAAAAAGCUGGUUUGUACUGGUUGUAUAUCAUAUGAUCUGUGAAUUCCUUCAAUGUAGCACGCACAGUAUUUUCAAGGAUUCCAAUCAAAUCUCAGACUGUAUACUCUCUUGUUAGAAAGACUGAUCAGUAGGCAGUUCCCUUCUACAUGCCGUGUUUUGAGGCAUGCUCUUUUUUCUUUUGUUUCUCUUUGGUGUGUCACUGGAGAGACACUUUUCCUCCUGUGCUUGUUUUGCAUUUCUUCCCCUCUUUAUUUUCCUGCUUUUGCAGUACGUAGUCUUUUUCAAAUGCUGCUAGGUUGCAGGCUGUUAUGACUGUGUGCAGCACUGACUUGUGAAGUAAACAUUACGUUGUUAAUCGAUAUGAAGUGUUGUUUAAGUCUAAAUCCUUUGUAAUUUUAAUUUAAUUUAUCUAAUCCCAAUUUUGUUGUUGUUGAAGUAUUAACUUCAGGCUUUAAUAUUUUUUAUCAUUGUACUUAACAAACUGAAUCAAGUGAUGUUUAAUCUGGUCUUAUUUUUUAGAAUUCUUUCUGUUUUGUUAGUUUACUCUUUGUCAUAACAAAUUAGUCAUCUUAUUCUGUCAGGUUCCUGGUUCUGGUGACAAAAUUAAAAUUGUAAGAAUUUUUCUCUAGUCCGAAAGCAUAUGGCAGUACUUAACUGAGUGUCCGAUCAAAUUGUAAGGAAAAUGAUAUUGUAGUGAACAAAAAUCACUACAUGUUUCUUUGUUCCGUGUAAUAGUUGAGCUGUUUGAUAGCCAUUGUUAUCAAUUUCUCUCUUUCCUCUUCUUUUAACUUAAAACUUAUGUAUUUCUCAAAUUAGAUUUUAUAUGGUUAGUGCAUGAUCUAACACAGUAUUAUGUUACAUUGUUUCCUUUAUCAUCGUUUACUUGUUUUUAUACAAUGAAACUCAACAGACUUUGCAUAUAAUCUUUGUUACUUGUUCGUAGUUGUCCAUUGUGAGGGCCGUAAUUGAUAAUUGCUCAUGCAUUGAGGCAGAUGUAUUGAAUUUCUAAUGAGGUAAUGCUAACCUGUGAUUCCUUUCCCCAAUAUAUUUCAGAUUUUUCGUUUGAAGCACAGAUCCUAAUGAUUGUCUUCAAUCAUCAAGAAAUUUCUGAUUUAGGGUAAGGGCCUGUACAUUGACCUAAUUUGACUUACCAAAAAAGGGAAUAUUAGAUGGACACAUGAUGCUUUUGUCAUGUGUCUCUCAGUACAUUAAGUGCUCUUUAAUGAAAUUUGCUGUUUUUGUUCCUGUUACAUAAUUUAUGUUCCAGGACGUAAAGUGAUAAUGUUUUAGAUGUGAUUUUUGCUCUUGACGUACUUUUUAAAAGCAAGACUCCAUUCACACCUUUACUAUUCCGUCCUCCUUAGUGCCUUUGGUGUGGCAUCUUUUUCUUGGACUGAUGCUGUGAGCCUUUUCUCCACAAACACUUAUUAAAAAAUUCCAUCCCUUGGCCUUUUCUUCUUAUUUUGCUUUCUGAAAUAUUGGGUGAAACAUCAUCAGUCUUUAUUUUUAUAGUGGAAGUCUGUCCUGUGUUAAGGUUCAGUCUAGUCGACAUUUGAUGCUGCAAUCCUAUCUUAUUUCUCUCAUUUAACAGGGGACCCAAGUGAAUUAUUAUUUUUAACUAAACAACUUGCAGUGUUUGUGUUUUUUAGAAAUUAAUAAAUUGCUUAACCCA